AUUCGGGCAGCACUGCUCCGGGUGGCGCGCGGGAGAGCUGCCAGGCUGACGGAGAGGCCGGCCCGAGUGGGGGCCGCUCCGUCGCCGCCGCCGCCGCCGCCGCUGUGAUGCGGAGCCGGUGCUGCGCCGGGCGGUGGAGUCAGAGCCCGGGCGCGGGAGCACGAGCUGCAAGAUCAGCACCAGCGGCUCCGCCACCUGCACCAGCUCCCGGGCCCCGCGCUGCGCUCUCCGCCCCGCCGCACUCGGGGCCGUCGCCCCGCGCUCUCUAUGGAUGUCAAGGCGGCCCCCAACGGGGUGGCCACUAUCGAGGACCGGAUCCUGCGGAUCACCGGCUACUAUGGCUAUUAUCCAGGUUACUCCAGCCAGAAAAGUACCUCCAGAUCAUCAGUCACUCGAUGUAAACCAGGAGCCAACUGCCCCAGUUCACACAGUGGCAUCAGUAGACAACUGUCCCCACUGUCUGUCACCGAAGAUUCCUCUGCUCCUAUUCUUGAACUUCAAAACCGAGGAUCCUCAGGAGUUUGUGGACACAGAGUUGAGAGACAGAACAGAUCAGCAGACGAUGGGACACAGACUCAUUCUGAGAACAGCAGCCAAGAAAACAGAAUCAAGGCUCGCUGCCUGUCCUGCACGUCCAUGGUUCUGAAGGGCAUCUGGGGACUCUUGAUCAUCUUGUCAGUAUCAUCAUCUUGGGUUGGAACUACACAGAUUGUAAAAAUUACUUAUAAGAACUUCUAUUGCCCAUUUUUCAUGACUUGGUUUUCAACAAACUGGAACAUUAUGUUUUUCCCAGUCUAUUAUUCUGGUCAUCUAGCCACUGCUCAAGAAAAGCAAUCUCCAAUGAAAAAAUUCAGGGAAUGCAGUCGGAUUUUUGGUGAAGAUGGUCUGACGCUGAAACUCUUUCUUAAAAGAACUGCUCCCUUUUCUAUUCUAUGGACUUUGACUAAUUACCUUUAUUUACUGGCUUUAAAGAAGCUGACGGCCACGGAUGUCUCCGCUCUGUUCUGUUGUAACAAAGCCUUUGUCUUCUUGCUGUCAUGGAUUGUGCUGAAAGACAGGUUCAUGGGAGUGAGGAUAGUUGCUGCAAUAAUGGCAAUUACCGGCAUUGUCAUGAUGGCAUAUGCAGAUAAUUUCCACGCUGAUUCCAUCAUAGGAGUGGCAUUUGCGGUGGGCUCAGCCUCUACAUCUGCAUUAUAUAAGGUCUUGUUUAAAAUGUUUCUUGGAAGUGCCAACUUUGGGGAAGCUGCACACUUUGUCUCCACCUUGGGUUUCUUCAAUUUGAUCUUCAUCUCCUUCACCCCAGUCAUCUUGUAUUUCACCAAGGUGGAGCACUGGUCCUCUUUUGCAGCUCUGCCAUGGGGCUGUCUCUGUGGGAUGGCAGGGCUGUGGCUGGCCUUCAACAUCCUGGUGAAUGUUGGGGUGGUGCUGACAUACCCAAUCCUAAUCUCCAUUGGGACAGUGCUCAGCGUUCCUGGAAAUGCAGCUGUGGAUCUCCUAAAGCAGGAGGUGAUAUUCAAUGUUGUCCGCCUGGCUGCUACCAUCAUCAUCUGCAUUGGGUUUCUGCUGAUGCUGUUGCCUGAGGAAUGGGAUGAAAUCACCCUGAGGUUCAUCAACAGCCUGAAGGAAAAGAAGAGUGAGGAGCAUGUGGAUGAUGUGACUGAUCCCAGCAUACACCUGCGGGGCAGAGGCAGAGCCAAUGGGACAGUGUCUAUACCACUGGCUUAGAGAGGGACAUAUUUUGAAUGCACGUGUAUGUAUAUUCUGUGAAUAUAACAAAAUUUUCUCACUACCUGUACACUCAAACGACAGUAUUAACUCUGAAUUUGGAUAAAUCAUAUGUGAAAUAAUGCCAACAAUAAAAGUUUACAUUUAUAUGCUUAUCAAGGAAUUGGUGUAAAUAAUCAUAAUAGUUUUUUUAUUAAAACAUAUUUGUCCUUGUUCUGUUUUCUGAUUUUUUUAAAUUCCCCCUCCCCCAACUCACA